AGCGACACUCGCAGGGGUCUGCCUGGGAGGAGGCGGACUCCGCUCGGCCCGCCGAGGCAGCAGCAGCAGCCGAGAUCGCAGCCUGUCCCCACAGUUGGGGGUGGGGGUCGGCAUGGGCGGUGGUGGCAGCGGCAGUGGCGGCUCCGCGCGGCGGUGGCGGCGAUGAGCUUCGAGGAGGACGAUGGGCACGGCCGUCUCCAAACGCCGCUCGCUCCGCAACGAGGCCGUGGCGUCGGUGGCGGCCAAAGUCAGAGCGGCGAGGGCUUUUGGAGAUUAUCUCUCUCAGAACCAUCCGGAAGGCCAGAAUGGUUCAGAUCACCUGCUUGCUGAAUCCUACGUUGGGCAGGAGGACUCCCCAGAUAUGCACCAGGGAGCCCAGAACAAGCGCCGCCUUUCCCUCAUUUCUGACGGCAAAUUCGAACGCAGCUUCUCAGAGGAGCGUGGCGAGAAGCUGGCAGGCGAGGGGCCCAAACCACGGGUCUACACUAUCUCCGGAGAGAGGCCUAUGCUCUCCCAGCACCAGAGCGAGAGCAUGGAGCUGGUGGUCAUCAAAGGGGCUGAGGCUGAGGAGGAAGAGGAGGAAGACUGCUCCCAGGGCCAGCCUCUCCAGAAUGCGGUCAGCUCCCACAACAUUGGGAGGCACUGCAAAGGGAGCUGGGCAAGCAGCCGCCAGGUCUCCAAGGAGUGCCCCGGCUGCACCCACCUGGCUGCUCCUUCCCAGCACGCCUUCGACAUAGAGCAUCCUCAACCCCACCACCCCCAUCACCACCAUCACCACCACCAGGCCGGCGAGACUGGCUGGCGCCGGAAAAAGCUGGAGAGAAUGUAUAGCAUUGACCGUGUGUCAGAUGAUGUCCCCAUCAGAACUUGGUUUCCCAAAGAGAACCUCUUCACUUUUCAAACAGCUACAACAACUAUGCAAGCCAUCUCGGCAUUCAGGGGCUACGCGGAGAGGAAGAGGCGGAAGCGGGAGAAUGAUUCUGCGGCUCUGAUCCAGAGAAACUUCAGGAAGCAUCUGCGGAUGGUGGGGAGCCGCCGCAUGAAGGCGCAGACCUUUGCCGAGCGCCGAGAGAGGAGCUUCAGCCGGUCCUGGAGCGACCCCACUCCCAUUAAGCCCGAAAACCUCAAUGAUUCCCGAGAAAGCCAUGAGCUCCAGGAUUCUUGCUGUGCACUUGACAAGGGUGUUGACUUGAACUGGGAGGCAGAGAAAGAGCUUGAGGCUGCAGCCUGCAGUGGGGAAGACUUCAUCCCACCCAAGAUCAUGCUCAUUUCCUCCAAGGUGCCCAAAGCUGAGUAUGUUCCGACGAUCAUCCGCCGGGAUGACCAGUCCAUUAUCCCCAUCCUCUAUGAUCACGAGCAUGCCACCUUUGAUGAUAUUUUGGAGGAAAUUGAGAAGAAGCUGAACAUCUACCGGAAGGGCUGCAAAAUCUGGAAGAUGCUGAUUUUUUGUCAGGGCGGUCCAGGCCACUUGUACCUUCUGAAGAAUAAAGUUGCAACCUUUGCAAAAGUGGAGAAGGAGGAAGACAUGAUCUAUUUCUGGAAGCGGCUGGGCCACCUGAUGAGCAAGCUGAACCCGGAGCCAAAUGUCAUUCACAUAAUGGGGUGCUACGUGCUCGGGAACCACAAUGGAGAGAAGCUGUUCCAAAAUCUGAAGAAUCUGAUGAACCCCUGUCGGGUUACUUUUGAAUCUCCUCUCGAACUCUCUGCUCAAGGGAAGCAAAUGAUCGAGACUUACUUCGAUUUCCGCCUUUACCGCCUCUGGAAGACCCGCCAGCACUCCAAGCUUUUGGAUUACGAUGACAUCUUGUGAGCCAAGCGAGCGGUGGCUGAGAGUGGGUUGGUUUUAUUGGAGUCCCAAGUGUCGUGCAGAGGGAAAGAGAGAGACCUUUUCGCAGGCACAGGGGAGGCCUUAGGCGCCCCGUCUGGGGUGGUAGUUUGUGCUGCAGAGCAAAACAGGAGUGUUGUCGGAACGUCGGGAGACUUGGAGCGUGCAGCCUGCUUACCUGGAGUGCAGUGUCUGAUGGAGGGAGCGCUGUUGGAACAGGACAGGAUAGGAAUAUCCUCGUGGAACUGAGCUGAUUUUUUGAUCACAAAAGGCCAAACUCCAUUGCAGGUCCUUUUUAAACAGACAUUCCAAGCUCAGGUUUUCUUAACUACAAAAACUCAACUGAUCAUCUUUUAUUCCCCCGCCCCCUUCUUCUCGUGCUACCAGAAUGGGGGAAGCAUCGCCUGUGUGCAAUGCCCUGUGGUUUCAUGUGCGGAUGUUGCCUCUUCUUUCACAGGCAAAGGAACACCAUGCUCAACCCUGCGUGCUUUUGAGAUGUGAGGUCUGAAAUGGUCCGAAAUGGAUUAAAGGAAGUUCAGGCUUUAAAAUCUUGUCCAUUUUAAUAGGAUAUAUAUACAUAUAUAUGUAUAUGUGUUUGUGCGUGUAUGCAUACACACACACGCACACACACACUUUUUUAUAUGAAUAGAGGGAAUAUUUAAUUAGCUAAUGCUGUAAACACACAUCAGUAACUAAUAGAUGAGAUAUUUUUGGUCUGCUUGAAAAUAUAUUUGAAAUAGGAAUAUAUCUUCUGUAGACAUAUAUAUAUAUAUAUGUAAUCACCAGCAGGGUGGUUUUCUCACACGCUUUUUUCCUGCAGACCUGCAUGUCUGCUGUUACUUGGUUUCCAGGUUAGCUGUGGAGGGACACUUUUCAACUGUGGGCUCUCUUAAGAGGGUCAAGGUGUCCUUUCAAGCAAAUUUCUGAUUUGCAGCUUGGCGAAAUGUUCUUUUGCCAGCAGUUUUUUUCCCUUUAGAUAUACAACAACAUGGCCAAGAAGGAUCUUGGUCUGUUUCCGAAAGUAGAUAUAUUGCAAACUAGAAAUGAAUAGCCAUCUUUCGAAAGACUCUCUCUUGCUGCACUUAACCUAGUUGUUUGGGUUUUUUCUCUCUCUGAAAGAUGGCUGCUGUAUAAGGAAUCGGGGAAAUGUCUGCUGGAACAGCUUAGUUACAGAGGGAAUGUCAUCUGCUUGUGUAUGGUUCAGAAUUUCAACAUAGGGAUAUGGUGUCCCUUUCUCCCCCCCACCCCCUUCUUUUGCACAGAGAAGGGAAUUUGCUGGUAGCAAACUGGCUCUUACCACAUACUGGGCUUGUCUAUUAUCUGUGAUUGAUCGUAGUUUGGAUGAUCCAGACCUGUGCUUAUUUACCUUUUGGAAGAAGUGCUGUGACAUAGCCACGUUUUAGGUUUUCUUGUGGUCCUCCUACCUAUUCAGGUGAUAUGAAUACCUGAGGAACCUGCACUUUGUGACAAAGGUGUAGUCUCCCUGGUUAUUUUGGGUGGAAUUUCCUGGUCUUUCUUCUUUCCAUGAAGCGAAGUACUUUGGAAGCACUCAGUUGGCCUCCCCUAUUUUUCUUAGUUUCUAAGAAGAUUGUGAAGUGAAAACAAGUAUAUAUGCACUUUCUUGUGGUAAAACGAAAACCCCACUUUAACAAGUCCACCACCCCAUGUUCUCCAUUGUUGUGAUGGUCUCCAUGCACCCUUGAUAUCUGUACCAUUGCCAGGGCAGAUGACGGAACCGCAACCCUCACUGUCUGCCCAUAUUAAUGCUACAAAAGCUGUUCUGAGAAGCGGCGUUAACGAGAGCAUCCCAGGUAGCAAGAGAGUGCUGCUGUAAAAUCCACACUGUUCAAAUGGCAAUGGGUGUUUUAGAUUUUGGAAUUUUCCUGUUUCAAUCAUAAAGAAAUUUUUUAAUAUGUUUCUUUAAAAAAAA